AUGAUUUCAUCUGCCUUCGCUUUUACAUCUGAUCAAUGUGUACAAGCUGCAGCUGAUCCACAAUUAUCGUCAGCUGAAACACAUCUUCUUGCUACUCUUCUCUCACAAGAAGAUCAACUUCACUACCAUCAAAUCAAUAACAUCCAACUUCCACAACACGUUCUCUACAUUCUACAUCAACUUACCUUCACNCGAAAUGAAUGA